UAGAUAUAAAAGCGAACAGUUCGAUCUCUGAGUUGUUAUUGCAAUCAAUAUAAUUUUACAAAUAUGAAGUGUGUGCUCAUAUUAACAGUUUUGGCUGUUUUUGCCAUCAGUUUGACAAAUGGCCAACACGUACAAAGGCCGCCUUGUCCGUGUCCAAGAAAUUUGGACCCAGUUUGUGCGUCCAACGGCGAAACUUUCUCAAAUCCGUGCCUAUUCAAUUGUGCCAAAGAAUUUGAAGCGAGAUCAGGAAGAAGUAUCGAAAUUGCAAGGAGAGGACGCUGUGAUGAAAAUGCGAACCGUUACGAAUAUGGAAAAUGAUGGAAUAAUGUUAUCAUUUAAUAAUAUACUAAUAGUUAAACAAAUAACACAAAAUCUACAAAUAUAGUUCAAAUUAUUAUGAUAUAAUUAUAAUAAAUAAUAUAUUUUUGUAGCAACAAA